GUUAAGAACAUGUAACACAGGGUCAAAAGAGGAGGAUGUAAAAAUCAUGCCCAUGUUGUGGAUAUUUUACUUUAUAUCUUGCCUGCUAUUUACAAGUUCUCAGUAUAUCUAUUCAAAUAAAAAUGUUGACUGUAAAAGUGAUGAAAAAUACAAAGAGUUGUUGGGAGAAAUUCAAACGCUUCGAAGACAGCAGAUAAAGCUUCAGCGUGAAUUAAAUGAACAACGUCAAGACAACAAGGAAAUCAGGGAUUUACUAGUCAGCCGUAACUUAACAAGUGGUAAAAUGCCAUUUGAUUGCUCGGACAUUUACAAAAAUGGCGAAAGGAAAACUGGAAUUUACAAAAUAUACCCAUCUGAUGAAAUCAACAAAGGUGUUUCCGCGUUCUGCUAUAUGUACCCCCAAUUAGGAGGCCAGACGGUUAUACAGAAGAGAUUUGGUAUGUAUUACUCAAACUUCAACAGAACAUGGGAUGACUUUAAGCGAGGAUUUGGGUACGUUGGAGGGGAUUAUUGGCUAGGUAAUGACGUCAUUCAUAAACUGACCACGACUUUUCCAAACGAUUUAUACAUAAAAAUAAAAGGAUAUUUUGAUGUAAAGUACAGCUCGUUUUCUAUCUCUGAUGAAGCUAAUGGCUACAGACUUUCCUUGGGAACAAAAUCGGGGAAUAUCA